AUGGACAAGAUCACAAAUUUUCUGGCCCAGUUGAUGAUCUUCCUGAUUAGCGUCGUCAGUUCCAUCUUCUGUGGGCAUCUGGGCAAAGUCGAGCUGGAUGCCGUUACGCUCGCGGUAUCGGUGGUGAACGUUAUUGGGAUUUCAGUUGGAACUGGCUUGGCCUCGGCUUGUGACACGCUGAUGUCUCAGUCCUUCGGAGGCAAGAACCUAAAACGCGUGGGGAUCAUACUCCAGAGAGGAAUCCUCAUCUUGAUGCUGUGUUGCUUUCCUUGCUGGGCCGUCUUCAUCAAUACGGAGCGUAUCCUCCUGCUCUUAAAACAAGACCCCGAAGUCUCCAGGAUAGCCCAGAUUUAUGUGAUGGUUUUCAUUCCUGCUCUUCCUGCAGCGUUCCUGUUCCAGCUGCAGACAAGAUAUUUGCAAAGUCAGGGCAUCAUCAUGCCUCAAGUGAUCACUGGGAUUGCAGCAAACGUGAUCAAUGUGGGCAUGAACGCCCUCCUGCUCUAUGCCCUGGACCUUGGAGUGGUAGGAUCUGCCUGGGCAAACACCACUUCCCAGUUCCUCCUGUCUGCUCUCCUUCUCCUGUACAUGUGGUGGAAAAAAAUCCACGUCGAUACCUGGGGAGGGUGGACUUGGGACUGUUUCCAAGAAUGGGGCUCCUACAUCCAGCUGGCUGUCCCCAGUAUGUUCAUGGUGUGCAUUGAGUGGUGGACCUUUGAGAUCGGAACCUUCCUUGCAGGACUGGUUAGCGUGACAGAGCUCGGGGCCCAGGCCAUCAUUUACGAACUGGCCUCUGUAGCCUACAUGGUGCCCCUUGGCUUCGGUGUGGCGGCCAGUGUCCGAGUGGGCAAUGCUCUGGGGGCAGGGAAUGCCGAGCAGGCUCGGGACUCCAGCAUCACCGUUCUCCUGUGUGCGGGUGUCUGUGCUCUCGUAGUGGGCAUUGUACUCUCAGCGAUGAAGGAUGUGAUUGCCUAUGUAUUUACCAGUGACAAAGAUAUUAUUUACCUUGUGAGCCAAGUGAUGCCUAUUUUUGCUCCCUUUCAUCUAUUUGAUGCCCUUGCAGGCACCUGUGGUGGAAUCCUGCGAGGUACAGGAAAACAAAAGAUCGGUGCUAUCAUGAACGCCAUCGGUUAUUAUGUGUUUGGUUUUCCCAUUGGAGUAUCUCUGAUGUUUGCCGCAAGACUUGGGAUAAUAGGUAUGUUUUUGAUUCCUCAGUGAUUAACCUCAAAUCUCAUUUGUCAUAUUAAGAUAAGCUGCUUGAGAUAUAAAUUAGCUGACUUAAGGGGCCCCUGGGUGGCUCAGGCGGCACAGGUUCGAGCUGGUGUGAAAGGGAUCAAAGAGGCCACGCCUGCACCAACAGAUCUGCCCGUGUUGGAAAAAGAAGUCACCGAUGAAGUGAUUUUACCUGCUAUCGUCAGAUCCGAGAGCCAGACCCUGCAGCUAAUGGUGAUAGAAGAAAACAAUCAGUAUGCGGUGGCCACCGUUGGGGAUGUUUUGACAGUGAAGCAGCUGAUUUUCUAUCGUGGAAUGGCUCUAGCUGUUGCUGUUGCUGCCCUUCUAGCAGGAAUUUUAAUAAGAGUUUUUCAGUGA